AUGUGGAUGGAGCGUAAACUACAAGAAUCCCUGCCGCUCUCUGUCUCUGAAGAGGAGGUUCCCCCUGAGCAGCAGCACUGUGAGCAGGAGUGGAGCCCCAGUCUGGGUCAGAAGGACCCAGAGACCAUACAGAUUAAAGAGGAACAGGAGGAAGUCAGGACCAGUCAGGAGGAAGAGCAGCUUCAAGGGGUGGAGCCUGAUGUCAUAGAGUUCAUAUUUAGUCCGUCCUGUGUGAAAAGUGAAUGUGAUCAGGAGGACCCACGUCAAGAACCCAUACUAGCUGAACACCCAACUCUCAGUCCACUGAAAAUGUCUAAACUACAGUCGUUUCAAGAGUUUUUAUAUGAGCGUUUAACGGCGUUUGCUGGUGCAGAGAUUUCCGGGGAAUUUGCGAAAGCAGUAGCGGAGUACCAGGAGGAGAAUGAUCGGCUACGGAGACUGCUGCGGAUCACACCGGAGAUACAACUAUGUAGAAUAGACUCCCUGCAGCUCUCUGUCUCUGAAGAGGAGGUUCCCCCUGAGCAGCAGCACUGUGAGCAGGAGUGGAGCCCCAGUCUGGGACAGGAGGACCCAGAGACCAUACAGAUUAAAGAGGAACAGGAGGAAGUCAGGACCAGUCAGGAGGAAGAGCAGCUUCAAGGGCUCUUUGAUACCAAAGACUCCAUAUUCACUCCUUCCUGUUUGAAAAGUGAAUGUGAUCUGGAGGACCCACUUCAGUCCUUGACUCUUCCCCAAACCCAGACUGUGGAGAACAGAGAAAGUCACUCUAAACCAGUGGAUCUCAUGCCUCUGUCCAGGCACAUGAGGAUUCACACAGGAGAGAAGGCAUUUAUCUGUGGUGAUUGUGGGAAAAGCUUUAUUCGCAAGGCGCACCUAACCAGGCAUAAACUGACUCACACAGGAGAGAAACCAUUCACCUGUGGUGACUGUGGGAAAAGCUUUCGUCUCAAAGGGAACCUAACCACUCACAAACUGACUCACACCAGAGAGAAAUCAUUUAUCUGUGGUGACUGUGGGAAAAGCUUCCGUCUCAAAGGGAACCUAACCACUCAUAAACUGACUCACACAGGAGAGAAACCAUUUAGCUGUGGUGACUGUGGGAAAAGCUUCAAUCGUAAGGUGAGCCUAACUGAACAUAAACUGACUCACACAGGAGAGAAACCAUUUAGCUGUGGUGACUGUGGGAAAAGCUUCAUUCGAAGGUGCAUCUAACUGAACAUCAACUGACUCACACUGGAGAGAAACCAUUCACCUGUGAUGACUGUGGGAAGAGAUUUAUUCAGAAGAGGG